ACCUCCCACACACGGAGGAGAACACAGCAUAGGUUGCACUCUUCUUGUUCUGAACUCCAUCCUAUCCUAUCCUUUCCUAUCCUGUCCCAUAUAUCUCUCCCCUUUCCCCUCACCAUGAGUUCUGAGGCGGCUAUGGCAUGGUCCACCGGCCUCUGCGACUGCUGCGAAGAUGCCGGCAACUGCUGCCUGACAUGCUUCUGCCCAUGCGUAACCUUCGGUCGGAUCGCCGAGAUUGUUGACAGAGGAUCCACCUCAUGCGGGACGGCUGGACUGCUGUAUACUCUAAUGAUGUUCGUCGUCGGGCCACCCUGGAUAUACUCGUGCUUCUACCGGACCAAGCUGAGGCGGCAGUACUCGCUGCCGAAGGAACCCUGCAACGACUGCCUCGUCCACUGCUUCUGCCACCACUUGGCUCUCUGCCAAGAGUACCGCGAGCUCCAGCACCGGGGCUUCGACAUGAUCAUAGGGUGGCAAGCGAGCAUGGAGAGGAAGAGGCAGGGACUCUCUGUCUAUAUAUAUGUGUGUGUGUGUGUGUGUGGAGGGAAAUGGAAUGGGAAGUUAGCUGGGUGUUUGCGGUGUUUUUUUUUGUAGGGUGGCAAGCGAACAAGGAGAGGAAGAGGCAGGGACUCUCUCUCUCUCUAUAUGUGUGUGUCUGUGUGUGUGUGUGUGUGUGGAGAGGGAAAUGGAAUGGGAAGUUAGCUGGUUGUUUGCGGUGUUUUCUUUUUUUGUAGGAUGGCAAGGGAACAUGGAGAGGAAGGGGCAGGCGGCGACGUUACCACCAGGGACUCAAGGCAUGAGCCGUUAACCCGUUCCAAGUUUGCCUACAAUGUGGAGGAGAAUGCUACUUAUUCCUACAAGGAGCGAAGGACGUACUUUGUUCCUUUCUAAAAGCUAGUAUGUAAUAAGAGUAUUUUGUUCGAGUGUGUGAGUUGGGCUGCAUGGGUGACGACGUGUUUGAAUAAGCCGGACCGCUAGGGUUUGUGCAUCGCCUUGACUGCUCCCGGAAAAUUAUUGUUGGUGCUAUUGGCAAUUUCUCGAAAGCUUUGACAUGUUGAUAUUGGGAAGGAGCAUGGA